UAUCAUUUAUCAUCCGGAACAGUUACGCCUACGUCUCCCAAAAUCCAGAAAAGUCCGAAACCCAUAAAUCCAGUUCCUCAGUCUUCCAUCUCCCUGUGGGCGCACACAAAUCCGGAAUGCCCACCAAAAAUUUCCCCCCAGUUUCCUCUAUGGCCAAGUCUCCCCCAACCCCAGUUCUAUAUAUUGAUCUUUGCUUCAAUUUCAGAUGUAGCAGCUUAUCGGAAUCGGGGUUUGAUUCUUCUGAAGCUUAUUCGUUCUUUAAUGGCGGUGUCGAAAGGGAAAUACGUCAAGUUUCAGGCCCGGAAAUGGUCCACAUUCAAGCUUUCCAAGAUAAUCAUGGCCUUCCUUUUGGCACUUGGGGUUUCCAUGCUCAUCGCUUUCCGAUUCUUCUCUCCUCCUGAAAGUUCUCAUAGCAAUCUACUACACCGUGUCGCUUCCGUCCAGCAUAGAGCCGUUCAUAGUGAUGGGUUGGGGAAGAGAGGGGAUCAGUGGGUUGAGUUCAUUUCGUGGGAGCCUAGGGCUUUUGUUUAUCACAAUUUCUUGUCCAAGGAAGAAUGCUUGUAUUUGAUUAGUCUUGCAAAACCUCACAUGGCUAAAUCAACUGUGGUGGAUAAUAAAACUGGGAAGAGUAUAGAUAGCAGGGUGCGCACCAGUUCAGGGAUGUUUCUGAAAAGAGGGCAGAACAAAAUUGUCAGCAACAUAGAGAAAAGAAUAGCAGAUUUUACAUUCAUUCCCGUAGAGCAUGGAGAAGCACUUCAAAUUCUGCACUAUGAAGUCGGGCAGAAGUAUGAUGCUCACCAUGAUUACUUUGCUGAUGAGUUCAACAUCAAACAAGGAGGCCAAAGAAUGGCCACCCUUCUCAUGUAUCUGUCAGACGUCGAAGAAGGGGGCGAGACAGUGUUCCCAGCAGCCGAAGGCAACUUCAGCUCGUUGCCUGGGUGGAAUGAACUGUCUGAAUGUGGUAAAGGUGGACUCUCUGUAAAACCAAAGAUGGGUGAUGCAUUAUUGUUCUGGAGCAUGAAGCCUGAUAAUACCGUAGAUCCUACAAGUUUGCAUGGUGCUUGCCCUGUCAUAAGAGGGAACAAAUGGUCAUGUACAAAGUGGAUGCGUGUUAAUGAAUACUAAUUCCAAGGGUGGAAUGAAGGUAUACAUUUGUUAGAGGAGAAGAGAAGAAGACUUGAUUCUUAUGUUUCAAUAUUUUUUGUUCUUAGUUCAUUACUCACCUUUCUUAAAAAUUACAUUUUUUUUUAGGAAUUACAUAUUUAGUUGUAUAGUUACUUAUAUACUAUACUCAAACAGAAAAGUUGAGUUUUAGUGUACUUCUUGUUCCAAGCCUCGCUUGAUUUUGUUUCGAUUUGGUCGGUUGCCAAUUUGAGCACAACGUGUCUAAUACAUUUGUUUGAACUUUCGAGCCAAAAACGUUUC